UCCCUCCAAACAAAACCAACCAACAAAACAAAAACCUUAUCUUAGAGACCAUGAAAACGGUAAAGCUUAUCUUUUGGGCAUAGACAUUGCUGGGCUGAGAAAAAGCCAUGGCAGUAGGCCUGAGCUGCCAAUUUCACUCUCUGGCCUGCAAGACUUAUCAACAUCCCAAUGCCAAAUCAAGACCUUCCAUGUUUUGCUCAAUGCAACCUCCUCAGAACAACAUCAAGGUAAUUAUAAAUGGAGCAGCAAAGGAAAUAGGAAGGGCAGCUGUAAUUGCAGUGACUAGAGCCAGAGGGAUGGAGGUGGCUGGUGCAGUGGAUUCUUAUCUAGUAGGAGAAGAUAUUGGCAAGGUGUGUGACAUGGAAGAGCCUCUGGAAAUACCAAUAACCAAUGAUCUCACAAUGGUCUUAGGCUCCAUUUCUCAGUCCAAAGCAUUGGGGGUAGUUGUCGAUUUCACUGAGCCUUCCAAAGUCUAUGACAAUGUAAAACAGGCAACAGCAUUUGGGAUGCGAAGUGUGGUUUAUGUGCCUCAGAUUAAGUUAGAAACAGUAUCAGCAUUGUCUGCUUUCUGUGAGAAAGCCAGCAUGGGUUGUCUUGUUGCACCAACUCUAUCCAUUGGAUCUAUACUUCUACAACAAGCUGCAAUUUCAGCUUCCUUCCACUACAACAAUGUAGAAAUCGUCGAAUCAAGGGCAACUGCAACGGAUUUUCCAUCAUCAGAUGCAACCCAAAUUGCCAACAACUUGUCUAACCUUGGCCAGAUUUACAACAGAGAGGAUAUUUCAACAGAUGUUCAAGCAAGGGGCCAAGUUCUGGGAGAAGAUGGAGUUCGUGUGCACAGCUUAGUCCUUCCAGGGCUUCCUGCCAGCACAACGGUUUACUUUUCUCGUGUAGGAGAGGUUUACUCUCUGAAACAUGACAUCACAGAUGUGCAAUGUCUCAUGCCAGGCCUUCUCCUAGCAAUUAGAAAGAUUGUGCGCAUUAAGAACCUGGUGUAUGGGUUGGAGAAAUUUUUAUAAACAUCCAUGUUUAAUUUCUUCAAUCUCAUUGAUGUUAAACCUCAACCGCAUAUAGAGAGUUCCUGUCAUCCUCUAAAUGCAAAUUCAAAAGAAUAUGGUUUUAAUUUGAAAGGAAACAGCAGAAGAGAAAGAAGGAAGAUUUUUUGUAGGGGCUUGUACCUCUAGCGCUCCCUCCAUUUGGACUCCCUUGUAACUAAAAAAGAUAAGAAUUAAUGAAAAUUUUGUUAACUAACA